UCGACAGUCUUCUGCACCCGGAACCUCCACCACUAAACGAGUUCCACCUCGGAAGGGAUAUGCGGUAGUACACGCUAACAGCUGCUAGCGGAAGAUAAACAGAACCCUUACUCAACAUGGCAGAGACCCACAGCUUGCAGGACAUGAGGCAGCAGGCGGCCGUCGCUGCCAAAGUCUUCAUCCAGAGAGACUACACGAAUGGCACCGUGUGCCAGUUCCAAACCAAGUUCCCCUCCGAGCUGGAGACCAGGUUGGACAAACAGCAGUUUGAGGAGACGGUGCGGACGCUCAACAACCUGUACGCCGAAGCCGAGAAGCUGGGGAGCCAGUCGUACAUUGAAGGCUGCCUGGCCUGCCUCACGGCGUACACCGUCUUCCUGUGUAUGGAGACUCAUUAUGAGAAGGUUUUGAAGAAGAUCACCAAGUACAUUCAGGAGCAGAACGACAAGAUCUAUGCACCACGAGGCCUCCUGCUCACGGAUCCCAUUGAGAGAGGCCUGCGAGUUGUAUCCUGCACCUCAGUGUCUGUUUUAGCUGGAAUAUACAGUUUCCUGUCUUCUCUGUCCCAUGUGUCGACUGGGACCUGGAUCCUUUCUCAGACACUGUCGAGCUGCGUCGAUCGAGGUCACCAUCUUCGAAGACAGAAGCCUGACUAGAUAAAAGCUGCCACGCACGAAAUCCUCUGUCUGGCUCCUGGCUCCUCCCUCUGCGUCAUCCAGCUCACUUUGGGACUGCAGGACAACAGAUUGCCCAGAAAACAGGAGACGGUGCGUCUGGCUUCACUCCAACGUCCACAGCCCGUGAUUUAAAGGCCACAUGAAGAUUCGGGGCAGCUCACCGCGUCGGUCCCCGAAUGACUCCACUUAUGACAACUGCAAUUCAUCGGCUCUCGGGUUUAUUGGAUGUGCUCUGGCAGGAAAAAAAAAAGGCGUAAUUGUACUUUACUGUAAACAUCCCUCCCCCUGUCACCAGCGGCCUUUGAAAUGAGAUCUGCCUUGUGGCGGACGGGGAAACAGAAGAUUGCGCAGUAUGUGGACGCGCCACUCGUAUUGUUUGGAUGAAGCAGCCUUGGCCCACAGCUGUGUUCUCUCCCUGUCUUCGUGUGGCUUUCUGGAACAUGCAUACGGAUCAGAAUCUCCAAAUACCUGCAGGAGGCCGCGUGUGUGUGUGUGUGUGUGUGUGUGUGUGUGUGUGUGUGUGUGUCUCAUCCACAAUGCAUCCUGGGAUUGUCCCCCUGACAGAGAACAAGACAAGUGUUCAGUGACUGGACGAAUAGGUUCCCACUUCUAUUAUGGAGCAGAAGACAAAACUGCACUAUAUGUUUUGACCACAAGAGGUCAGCGUCGUGCCAGUUUAGACUCCUGUUGGAAUAGAGCACGCAACGGACGGUCCUUCGCCAUGGUUACCAUCAAGGUCACACAGGUCAUAUUGUAUAGUACUUUUGGGUCAUCGUGUAGAGAAACUCUGGGACAACUUUACCCAUAAAUGCACACAAGUAAAGUAUAUUCAGUUAUAGUUUUAGAAUGAAUCGUGCAUGAUUCAUAUGAAUAGAACAUCUUAAAGUCUCAUGUUUGGUCACAAUGAUCUGGGGUAGAGAUUGACACCUCUUCACUGGCAGUAGUGCAGUUGCUAUAUAAAUGCAGUUCAUGUAAUAUUCACCCAGUUUAGCUCCACUUUAACCAGCUAAAGCAUCAAAUGAGACGCUUAAAUGUUAAAGCUUCGUGUCUGUGUUUUCUGUGUGUGUGUGUGUGUGUGUCCGUCUUGUGGAGGGCACUCGUCGCGGUCGGACCGCCCGGACAGCAUGAAGACGUGGGCCUCGCCGGGACACGUCGCCAGAUUAUUCUACCAGUUACACGGAAAGUGCAAUAUUAAUAAACCUGGUCCUCCGUUUUGCCUGCUUGGUCCAAAAAUGCACCACCGACCCGGACAAAAAAUUCAUUUGUAUAGAUAGGAUUUAACAGAGGGUGUUCAUUUGGAUACACUUCCUUCAUAUCAGGAAUCCACAUCAGAUGAAAAAAUUAUAUAUAUUAUGGGAGUGUGAUGUGUGUGUGUUUUGAAUUGUUGAAUAGUUCCUGACUUAUUUACUGUAAGCACGGCCCCUGCCCUCGUUUACAGUAUACUGUAUACUGUAUACAGUAUACUGUAUUACAGUAUAUUCCAUACGGUGUGCAGGUGCCGUUUAAUGAUGCUGUCGGAGCUGAAACAUCACAUAAAACUAACAUUCUCUUCUCAAAGCAGACAAAAGAAAAUAUUCAACACUUUUGUAAAUUCAACUGAAGACAUUUUCAAAAACCCUUAUGAUGCUUUCGUAAGGCUUCUGAGACUUUUCAAGAUCCGCCCAUAGCCUGUAAUUGUGUUUCAACGAUUCUAUGUUGGCGUCAAUGUUUCGCACGUGUGUCUGCAUGUCAGGUAACUAGGGUUAGCAGACAGGCCCCUCUCUUCCAGGUCCCUUGUUUGGUAGUGGAACCUUGAAAGCACCGAGAUGGGUUUGCACUGUAUGUAUAUAUAUAUCCCUAUAAUUUCUUCAAAAUGCAGUUUUUGUGGCCUUUCUUUGCAUUUGUUUUGUCAGAUAAAGAUGCGAAAACAUGCUUAAUGUAAAUGUGAAGAUGAUCUCCAAUAAAAUAUCAGCUACCCGUAGUGAA